AUAUGCCGGAUGACAUUCCUUCAAUUAAAGAAAUCAAGACUUGGGAUCAUCCUGGAAUUGAAUAUUUCGAAACUUUUCCUUAUGAGAUCUGGUCAUUAAGGCAUUUUGUUCAUUGGGCAAUCGAAAAUAACUUGGACAAAGAGAUAUCGUACCGCACAUUUUACAAGGCCUUGAAAAAAAUAAGUGAGGAUCAAGAAGCUUCUCCGGUACUUCAUAACUUUGUACAAAAGCUUUUAAGAAAUAAGAAGUUCGAUGCUGCAGAAACACGUGAACUAUGGGAUCAUGCUGCCACAGUUUCUGACGUGAAUAAAGCAGUAGAUGUGGUCAAAGUGCAUAUUAAUCUAGAUGACAUCACGAGCCAGCGUGUAAAUCAUCUGGUCCUGCCAACGACCACAAAAUCCAAACAAUCAAACUUACCAGAAAUUUUGACGAGAAAAAGACGGGGUAGUAUAUAUUUGGAUUAUGAUGAUG